GAUCAGUGCGCCCCUCCUAUCCCAUCCCUGACGACGUAAUUGUGGGUGUACAGAAGAAGUGGAACUUCAUCCUCGGAUCUUCUGUAAGAAUCGCAGUCGCCCAUUCGUCGGAGGAAAAGAGGCGCCUGGAGGAGGAAAGCCGUCUACAAGUCGAGGAGAAGAAAGAGCAAAGAGGACACACUCGGGAGGACUGCUUCACAUGGACCCUGGACAUACCGUGUGCUUCAUAGUGGAAUUUUAAGGAUCUCUAACCAAUUUUUGGAUUUAUAAACGCUGUUCUUAAAAGAGGGAAGAUGCUUCUGAAUCUAAAACAUAUACUGUGGUUAUUCUGCAUGUGCCACACUUCGCUUGAACUGGUUUCAGGCUCAAUAGCAGCGAUGCAGCCAGUGAGCGGCUCUCUUUCGGGAAAGGUGGUCCUGCCGUGCCACUUCUCCACCCUCCCCACAACAACUCCCAUCAAUGCUACGACCCCUGGAACAGACCAUCUGCGCAUUAAAUGGACCAAGAUGGAGGGUGACACAGAGUCCAUAGUAAUCGUUGCUCAAAAUGGCGUCAUUAAAAUUGGGCAAGGCUUCAAAAACCGUGUGUCUGUGCCGAGUCAUCCAGAGGAUAUUGGAGAUGCCUCAUUGACUGUUGUGAAACUGCGGGCGAGUGAUGCCGGAACUUACCGCUGUGAGGUCAUGUAUGGCAUUGAAGACACUCAAGACAUGGUCAAUUUGGAUGUCAGUGGUGUGGUUUUUCACUACCGGCCCAGGACCAGUAGAUACACCUUGUCCUACGACAAAGCUGUGGAGACUUGCCGAAGUGUCGGGGCUACCAUUGCCACAGCAGAACAGCUAAAAGCAGCUUAUGAGGAUGGGUUUGAUCAGUGUGAUGCUGGAUGGAUAGCAGAUCAGACAGUGAGAUACCCCAUCACUAACCCAAGGCAUGGCUGCUCUGGGAACUUGCCUGGAAAACCUGGUGUCCGGUCAUAUGGCCUUCGAAUGCCCAGUGAGACGUAUGAUGUGUACUGCUAUGCAGAUAAACUUGACGGUGAUGUAUUCUUUGCACCUACAACAAAAAAGAUGACCUUUGAGGAAGCCAAGUCUGAGUGUGAAAACAGAAAUGCCGUCUUGGCCUCACCUGGUCAGCUUCACUCGGCAUGGAGAAAAGGUCUAGACCGCUGUGACUACGGCUGGCUCUCUGACGGAAGUGCCCGUUACCCUGUGGCCAUACCCAGAACACAAUGUGGAGGAGGUUUGCUUGGAGUUCGCACCAUGUACCGGUACCGCAACCAGACGGGCUUUCCUGACCCCAAAAUGGAACUUGGAGCCUAUUGUUACAUAGGUUAUGACUUUCUGAACAUCCAGACAACAUGGGUGGAUGUUACAGUUGAGGGUGUCACUACCUCACCCUCAAUAGCCUCUUCAACCACAGCCCAGACUGCUCUCUCUGAAUCCUCCCUGGAGCCAAUUUACUCACAGACCACCACAGAUGACUCUGAAGACCAGGUCCUGAUAGACUCUCCUUUCAUGUUUUCCACCAGCAUGGCCCCAUCAAGCAGUUCUGACUCACCAAGUAGCCAGCAUGUAACAGCUAUCGCAGAGGAUUUAGGAGUCGAUGACUCAGUAACCGCUCUCACAGACGUUAGAAAUGUGUCGGAAACUCAAGAUUACGGAGUGCACUUAGUAUCCACAACAGCUGGUCCUGAUCUCCUGGAGACUCCAUCAGACAAAUCAGAAGAUAAAAAUGGAAUUGAUUUAGGUACAAUUCCACCUGAUGUUUUAAUCUCAGCCCCUUCAAGCACAGAGCCAAUGUUUGCACUGGGGAAAACAGAGGAAUCAAUUCUGGAAAAGGAUCAAACAAACAUAACCUCUGAUCUCAUGCACACUAGCCCUGAUCUGACAGUAGAACCCACAGAAUUAAUCAGCACAUUUGUUGAAGUUUCACAGUCCAGUACAACAAAAGAUGACACAAUUCUGCCUAACAUCACCGCUGUUCAUCUUACCACCGUAACUGACAUAAGCCCAACAGAGGAAAUUCAAUCUACAGUGUUUGAUGAUUAUGAGAGCCGUGACAAAGACACCGUAAUUGGUGUUAUGGCAGGACCUCCAACCCCACAAAUGAUCACUGAAGUUUCAGAUAUCACAGAUGGACUUAGUGCCGUGCCAGUUACAACUGAUGCAACUGUCACAUUCACAACCGAUACAGCACAACCCAAUACAACUCAUUCUGACGAUACUACAUCAGCAUCAUCCAUAGAGACAGAGAUAACAACUCCCGUACUUGCCGAGAAGUCCGAUUCAACUAUAUCAACUGUAGAAGAAUCAGUAUCGUGUACUUCAGAAGUCCUUGAUGAAGAUGCGACAAAAGACAUCCCAACGGUGACUCCCUCUCUAGAAAAAAGCACCAAAAAAUGUAAAGAUAUCUCAUCUGUUCAAGUGAUCAUCAUUAACGUUGAUGAACAGAAUGAAACAGCUUUACUGGACUCUCUGAUACCCCAGCUUUCAGUUAUUCCUAAAGUUCCAAAUAAGCCCAUUCCCUCCCCUGUGGAUGGUGAGCCUAUCUGGACGAGAGAACAGUCUACAUUUGAUUUAUCCUCUCCUGCUGCCACCAGCACACCAACACUCAGUUUUAUAAAUGGCAAACAAGAGGUGACCAUUGAACCUGCGUCUGAUGCUGAGAAAGAAGCAAGAGGAGAUGUGUUUGAGAGCGUGUCCUCUACAGUUCAAAACCUAACAGAAACAGAAGAAAAAAUAGAGACAUCAUCCAGUUUUGAAUACACACUGAAAGACUUUAGUUCAAUACUUGAGCCAGAACAUGUUUAUGACCAAGAACCAAUAAUUGUAGAGUCUACUCCUCCAUCGUCUCUAGUGACAGAUCUUGAAGAUGAGACUGUCAUAGAGGAGAGAGUCAUAUUACCAGGUACACCGUCUGACACCACAGAUCAAAGAAGCUUCUCACCAAAACCAUAUCAGCCAUCUUUGUUUCCAACAAAAGCAACUAUCUCAGAUGUUGCACCUUCUAAGCCAAUAGAAACCAUUGAUUUUCUUACUACUGAAGAUGGGUCUGGGCAGAAAAUGACCACUAUUCAAGCAGUACAAGUGACACAGAAAAGUACAACAUUACAAGCAACAGAAGGUGACAAAUUAGACCAUACAAUGGAUGCAAGUGAAAAGAAACCAUUACUGCCCUCUCACACUGACACCACAGAUAUUACCACAAACUACUGGACAACAGAGUCAGGAAUGAAAGAGUAUGCUUCUACUACAGAGACACCUAUGUCUGCAACACUUCAGACAGACAGUAUGUCCACAUCUGACACAAUUCAAAAGGAAGCUAUUUCACAAAGCACAAUUAUGAUUACAUCCUCACCAGACAUAGAAAUCAGUACUACAAUAAAAUCCUUAUUUAUAGCUGAAGAAGAAGGAUCAGGUGAUGAAACCCGUGAUUUCAUUUUUACAAAGCCUACAUUACAAGGUACUGUAACACUCAGCCCAACGAGAGAAACUUUGGUGAACCAAACAGAAGAAACAAUAUUAUCAAAACCAUCAGAAGUUAAUAUUCCUGAUUCCUCAGAAAAAAUAUUCUCCACCCAAGAAGAAGAACAUUUAGAUGAAGUAUCAGCUGUAUCUACAGUGGAGAAAACAAGUACAGAUGUCCCAUCAGGUACACAUUCUGAAACCCUUCCAUUUUCUGAAGCUGAUGGCUCAGGAGAUCAGUUGCCUGUUAUUUCAACCACAAAAUUCUCAACAGUUUUUUCACCGCAUACUACAACCCUUUCUGAACAAAGUAUUACCACAACAGCUGUUUAUACAGUUCAGGGAGGUGAUGAAACAGAGUCAGUAAAGAUUAUUUCUGAGGAAAUGGAAGCAAGUCAAGCCUCUGUUUCAAGUAGUUAUGUCACUGUGGAGACAACAGAACCAGUGCAGUUGAGCAAUAUUUCUGAAGUCAUACAAGAACCCUUCACUGCCACAGUUCAAGGUGUGAUAUCAGAGGAAGGCUCAGGUGACCAGAGACCUGACAGCCCAGCAGGAGAGAUAAUAGCAACAACAGUGCCUUCAAAGUCAUCUGAAGUGCCUGUUACCGAUGCCUCUGAAAUGGUCUUUUCAACAGAUAGCUCAGAAAAGAAAAUAACUGAUAAAUUAACUGUUGAAUCCAUAAGCCAAGGUUUGCCAAGUACAAAAUCAGAGUCACUAUUGCUCUUUCCAGAUACAGAAGGUUCCGGUAAUCAAAUAACUGAUGCAUUUACCACAACCACUACAUCACCUGACAGAGAUCAUUUCAUGUCCACGAUACCAGUGUGGGAUGGCACACUGUUACCUCACUCAGAGGAUGCAUUAUUGGAGAAGACAUCAGAAAGCCCAGCAACUGCAUUCAGUACCACAAAUACAGUCCCCUCUACACAUGAGGUUACCAGUGAGCAAGAAAGUACUACAAUGAUCACAAGUCCUGUAUCCACACUUAUUCCUGCCUUUUCCUUGUCAGAUGGAACAACAGUGCAAGUGGAAACAGAUCACACAGAGGAAGCAGAAACUAAAAAGCCAUCAUCAACCAUAAAAAGUGAUGAUAUCACCUCAAUCUUAUUACAUUCUGCACCAGAGGAUGACUUUUCUGGUGACAACAUUCUUGAUCAGUUGAGCACAACCUCUUUUAUGCCCAUACAUACUACAGUUACAGAUGACCAGGACAUGACAACAAGACAAAUGACACAGAGUGAAACAAAGGAGAGUAUUUCUGCUACGACAACAAGAACUUUUACAGUUGACCAUACACAAUCAAUCGCAAUAGAGCCUAGCUCAACAAAGAUGCAAACAACACCAGAGACAACUGACACAUCUGGAACUAGUCAUUACAAAACAGAGUCUCACUUAGAUACUGGAUAUGAAGAAACCUCAAAUACAGUUUUGAAAGAGUCAUUAAUUACUUCUGAUCCCACGAAAGAAAUACUACAAUCAGAGGGUUCUGGUGAAGAAAGUGGAGAGUUUGAAGAUGGUAGUUCUGGUGAUUUCUCUAAUACAAUUGUUGAGUCCACUCCUCCUUCACAAGCUCCAUCUACAAAAGAUAUAUUAACAACAAAAUCAGAGGCAUUUGUGGGAACAGAGUUGCCAGUACACCCAACUUUUAUGGAGGUAUCAUCAGAUUUUGCCCACACAACAGGUACAAUCCUUACCUUUACAGAGGGUUCUGGGGACCAGAAUGAAGACAUCCUUAACACUGUCACCUUACCAACAUCAUCAAGUACAACUCAAAUCUCUCACUUAGAGAGUGUACCUAAUGCCACACAUUUAACACCAACUGCUAUUGAUAUGGAAACAGAUCAAAAGACUUCCAAACUUGAAGGCUCUGCUGACAGUAUGCCAGAAACAACUGAACCAAGCGAAGAAUAUUCUGUAAGAACUGAUGAGGCAGAAAUUAGCUACGCAAAGAGCACUUUAGAUUACUCAAAUGUUGAAAUGACUACACUUCCCACAAAGUUAACAUCGGAAUUUAGUUCACAAAUUCCAUCACAAACAGAAAUAAUGUCUUCUUCUUUGGAGUCUGGUAGUGGUGAUACAGAGGACACUGCUGCUGAAAGUGAAGGGGCUGAUGAUGAUGGUUCUGGUGAUCUAGUAUCCAGUCUCGUUGAGUCAUUUCCACCUUCUGUCACUCCUACAAUGGAACAAGUAACGACAACAUCAUUCGCAGGGAUUGAGUGUGAAGGUACAGUAGGGUAUCAAGGGCCAGAAAAGACAACAACUGAAGUAAAUACAGAAUUUUCUGUGAAAACAGAUGAGGCUGAAACUAGUGAACAUAAAACCACACCAGGUCAGCUAAGUUUUGAUACUUCUACUCAGAAUGUAUUGUUCAAAUCUGAAUCUACUUCAGCAAUGCCUAGCAUAAUUCACAAAGAAACUACAGCUGUAUCUUCAGAUGCUGGUAGUGGCGACAUGGAGGAUACUACAUCUGAAGGCACUGAAGAUGAAGGUACUGAAGAUGAUAGUUCUGGUGCGCUUGUUGAAUCUGCUGUUCCUUCACAAGCUCCAUCAACAGAUAUAACAACAGAAAAAUCUAAAGAAUCAAUACAUAUUGAUAUCAAAGAUCUACCAUGGGUUGUUCCCGCUUCAUCUUUCACGGAUUCAGCUGCCUUAACAAGUGAAGACAGUUUGGUCAAGCAGUCAACUGUAACAACUGUGCCAAUGAUGUCAGGCACAGAUUCAAACUAUCUGACAUCAAAGCAUGUUGACAUUGAUUCAGACACAGACACAGCAACUACUCCAGUUUUCUCUGUCAUAUACCAACAUAGUACAGAUAAAGAAGUUACAACAGUUGUCCCAUCUAGUAGUGAGAUCAAGUCUAGCAAAAUUACCACAAGGCUUCAUGAUACCAAAUCAAUUACAAGCCCUGUUAUCAUAUUCACAGAAGAAUUAAAAGAUGAAGAUGAACUUUUCUCAACAGUUACAGACAGCAUGAAAGACCAUAGCACCAAAACACAAUUUAUUACCAAGGAUGAUAUGAUCAUUGAUGCAGAUACUAUUUCAGGGUUGGAACCCUCAUCACCUUUUGACUCCACAAUCAACACAGAGGAAGCAGCUGGCAUAACAGCUGUCACCAUGACACCUCAAUCCUCCAGCAUACUGACAGAGGAACCAGAAGGUUCUGGGACAGACAGUUCUGUGUUACCAUCCUCAGAUACACCCCGGCCUACUCAGUCAACCCUAGAAGGGCCUACAGCUAAAGGGAUAGAUGUAAGCCACUCAAUAAAAGCUGAGGAAACAGAAACAAAACCAACAUUAUCUGUAGAUAUCCGUGAUGAAAUAUUUACUGCUCAAACAGUGGCUCCUUCAAAGAUGACUCCAUACUUAUCAACAUCCACCGAUUCGACUCAAACUACCGGGCAUUCUACACAUAGUACUACACAUUACAGUACUGGAAAAUCCUAUCCUAGUCAGACCACCUUGCAGAUUACUACAAACCAUCCUACAAUUACCAAUACUGAUUCUGUCUACAUUACCAGUCAGCACAGUCACAUCAUCACUAAACCCAGCCAUGCAACCACCACUCAACCUAAAACCAUUUUGCCUGUGACCACUACACAGGCAAUGCCCAAGACACCUAAUUUUGUUUUUACUGAUAAUUUCUCGGGAGAUAGUGUCUUGGUAGAAGGCUCUGGAAUGCAAACUUCAAUACCAGAUGUCACUACAUCUACAGAUACAAGCUCAACUACAACCUUAACAGCAGAUACUGAUUCUGCUUUAUAUGGAACUGGAUCUGCAACCUCUGGAUACAAUACAGAUAAAACAACUGACUCUAAACAAUCAGAGUUUAAUUUAGUCACCCAGGAAAGUGGUGCCGAGGAAGGCUCAGGUCUAAUUUCAGAACUUACCAUCUCUAGUGGAUCAGAUAUCAUUGAGUCUACAACGGCAGUAGUUUCAACAGUAGUUACAUACGACAUGACACAGUCUACAGUGUAUAGUGAACCAAGAUCAGCACUUCCUUAUGAUGAUGAGCCAGUAACAGGAACAUUAUCUGUUAUGGAGGGUUCUGGCAUUGAGAGUGAUACUAGUGUUGGCACUACUACAAAAUCUGACACUACAGUACAACCAACCACCAAAUAUGAGGUACCAGAAAUAAUGCAAAGUGUUGAAGGGACAGAUAAGACAACAACAGAUACAGAAUUAAAAAGCACAGAGAUGCCAUUAUUUGAUUCAGUCAGAGAAAACACAUCAAGCCCAUUAUUAUCAGAGGCAGAAGAAACAACAGCUAUCCCUAUUCAUAUGUCAACAGAUCACAGUGAUUUCUCCACAACACAUUCAGAUGCUUUGGUGUCACUAUUUAAAGAAACCGAGAGUACAACUUAUACAUCCCCGGUACUCACAACAUCAAGGUUCCACCCUGAAGGACUGUUUGAAACUACACUUACAGCCCAGCCUACUGAACAUAUCUCAGCAGAAGAUUUGUCAACAGCAGCAACAAUUAUUCCGACGGAUAGUGAUGCUGAAACUUCUUUAGUAGAAUCUAAACCAGAUUGGAUUGAUUCUGAGACUUCAGUGCCUGAGAGUGAGACUCCCCUUGAAAGCACUCCAGUAUAUGAGAGUAAGACCUCAGUUGACAGCACUGAAUGGUCAAGCAUUUCAGACAAAAAUCCUUUAGAGAGGUUAUUCACUGUGUCACCUAAGGAGCACUUUUCUCAUGAAGAGGUAACCACUGUCAUUCCAUCAUCUGAUGAGACGUCACCAGCAUUGCCAAUGUUACAAUCUUUUGAUUCAGUCAGUGAGGAAAAACUGUCAGUGGAACAAGAGACAGUUGGUAAAAUCGAGGAAACUGUAUCUGCAGUUCUGGAGAGUACAGAUUACACCACACCAUCAGCUGAUGGGGUUCAAAUACAUUCUGUUACAACAGCUUCUCCUUCAGAUAUUUCUGAUGACACUGUAUUGGUUGAGGGUUCAGCGCCUGAUCCAGAGACACUGAAUGGAACACAGAGACCUACACUGAACGAGGACCUAGGACACACUGUUGUUGGAGAGACAUAUGAUAUUUCAGGUUUUCAUUCAUGUUCUGAAAAUGGAUGUAUGAAUGGUGGCUCGUGUCUGAAAAGGGGUAAUGUCCAGAUUUGCAGCUGCCUACCUGGAUACACUGGUGACAGUUGUGAAAUAGAUAUUGAUGAAUGCCAAUCCAACCCAUGUCUUAAUGGGGGUACCUGUGUAGAUGGGAUCAGCACGUUUACUUGUUCAUGUCUACCCAGCUACAGAGGAGCUCUCUGUGAGGAAGACACAGAAAUAUGCAGUAAUGGAUGGCAUAAGUUUCAGGGCCAUUGCUACAGGUAUUUCCCCUACAGGCGCACCUGGGAUGUAGCAGAGCGUGAAUGUCGUCUUCUGGGUGGUCACCUUACUAGUAUUCUGUCCCAUGAAGAACAGCAGUAUAUCAACCGCCUUGGCCAUGACUACCAGUGGAUCGGACUGAAUGAUAAGAUGUUUGAAACUGAUUUCCGGUGGACAGAUGGCCAUACUUUGCAAUAUGAGAACUGGAGACCCAACCAGCCUGAUAGUUUCUUCUCUUCUGGAGAGGAUUGUGUGGUAAUGAUCUGGCAUGAAGAUGGUCAGUGGAACGAUGUCCCCUGCAACUACCACCUCACCUUUACCUGCAAGAAAGGCACAGUGUCAUGCAGUCAGCCACCUGUGGUGCCAAAUGCUCGUACCUUUGGACAGAUGCGGCCCAACUAUGAAAUCAACUCCCUGGUGAGAUACCAGUGUAUGGACGGCUUUAUCCAGAGGCACCUUCCCACCAUUCGCUGCCGAGGAGAUGGCUCCUGGGACCGGCCCAAAAUUUCUUGCAUGAAUCCCUCCAACUUCCAGAGAAGAUACAGCCAGAGGUAUCAACCCAUCAGAAUUUAUAGUAGUCAUCGGAAAAGGUCUGCAGAGGAGCCUGCCAGUUCUCCCCAGAAACACCAUCACCAUGCCUUCAAGAACAACAGAACCAAAUAAUAAGCCUUCACACUUUGAUACUAUAGUCUCAAUGACUGUGAUUUCUUUUUUAACAACACUCAAAGGACAUCUGACAGAAACUUAGAUACAUGCGUGGAAAUAGGAAACGGACAAAAAUGGAAAAAGAGGAGCGUCUUCAGUUCUAGAUACUGGAAUCAACACAGCGCUUUUCCAGUUUUUUAGGACUAAAGGAAACGAUUCCUUAAGUAUGUUCAGGCCACUGAAAAAAAGGACUGUUGCUGUUUCUGCUGGAUCACUGACUGAUCCUUGCUAGUCAAUUUAUAUGUUAGUGAAUCUGUUUUUUUUUUGUUUUUUUACUUCAGAUCGCAAAAUGCCUUCUUUGCUCAGUAUAUAUUAAUGUAACUUUGCAAAACUACAAACACCAGGAGAUGGUAGACAGUCAGCACCAUGUAAAGGACUUUGAGCCAGAAAAUAUUCCAGCACAUAUCUUUUUUUUACUGGAUGUUUUCAUAUGGAUGCUGUACAUCAAAGUUCUUUCAACCCGGGGGAUUCUGAAGAACAAGCGCUACAAAAAGCACAACAUAUGGGAGAUGAGACACAUCCAAAAGACUGAAGGAGGAAAAAGAGACAAAGACAUGCCAAUAAGUGCUCAGUAUUCUGUACAUAAUGGUACAGAAACUACAGGAAAAUGUGGACUGACCAUGGAAAACUGAUCCACAUGGAAUUUAUAAUCACCUCACAAGUAUAAUUAGGUGCCUAGAAAUCUCAAAUCAUAUGUAAGCCAUUUGGUCUUCCAAAAUUUACAGCACAUACAUCUCAAUUUCUAAAUUCUCCAGUUCCUCAAUUUUCAUCCAUAACUUCAGCUUUCAUGUUGUCUUUGGUAAAAUGUCAAACUACUUUUAAGAGAAUGUACUUUGUGAAUUGCUCAAAAAGACUUGAACCACAUGCUUUUGAACAGCAUGCAGGUCAUUUAUUUUCCAAGCUGCUCCUAAUCUUCUCGUGGUUGUAGCUAAUACGCAACACACUGGAGAUGUAGUAUGACCUGCAUGCACAAAUGCAUUAUUUUAGAGCCCAGCCAAUCCAUGUGGUGUCACUUGUGAUUGUUAAGAAUAUUUUCUAUUUAAACACAGAGAACAGAACGUAAUAUGACAUUUGGGGUGUUUCAAUAGGCCAAAAGACCAGAAUCUUUCAGUUAAACUUUUCUACGUGUAACGUGUCAACACAUCUCAACAAUAAUUGCCAUCCAUUUGUUCAUCCCAAGCAUUGUUUGUUAAAUGCAUUUUUGUUGUUUUUUUCAGUUGUGUUUUAUCCAAAAGUGCACAUAUCUUUUUAUAUUUAAAGUAUAACAUGUU